GUGUAAAAACACGCAGACUCCUCAGGAAGCAAAGUGCAGGACUUCCGGUCGGCGGUAAAGCGUGUGCUGCUGUGAAGUGCAACGUUAUUGUGACGAAAGGAUAUCAAACGUAUACCUUAAAACGCACAGUGCUUAUUUAAUUUGAGCUAAAAUGAGUUUACCUCUGAACCCGAAGCCCUUCCUGAACGGCCUGACUGGAAAACCAGUGAUGGUGAAGCUGAAGUGGGGCAUGGAAUAUAAGGGCUACCUCGUGUCUGUGGACGGGUACAUGAAUAUGCAGCUGGCAAACACAGAAGAGUAUGUGGAUGGAGCGUUGGCCGGACAUCUCGGUGAGGUUCUCAUCAGGUGCAAUAAUGUUUUGUACAUCAGAGGUGUAGAAGAGGAGGAAGAGGACGGCGAGAUGCGAGAGUGAUGCUGGGCUGAUGUGUGUUUGUGUUUUCACCGUGUGAAACAAAUGAGGGUUGGGGUUAUUUUUCAAGCAGCUUUGAAUCUUUUUUUUUUUUUUCCUACUGUAUGUGAGACCAGUUUUAUGUUGUGAUACAGACACAAUAAAGUGAUUAUUGUACCCUUUGUUAAAAAA